AUGACCUCUCAAUCUGGUCUAUUCAUGCCGGCCGAGUGGUCUCGCCACCGACGGACCCUGACCGCCUGGCCGGACCAAGGCUCCUUGAGAGACGGCGAGCUCGAAGGGGCUGAGCAUGACGUUGCAUCGAUAUCCAACGCCAUUGCCGAAUUCGAGCCUGUGACACUCCUCUGCCGACCGCAGAACAUUGCUCGAGCGAAGCAGUCGCUCUCGUCCGCCAUCGACAUCCAGGAAAUGGAGGUCAACGAGCUCUGGCUUCGUGACACGGGUCCCGUGUACGUCAAGAACGCAGAGGGCAAGGUCUUGGGCAUCGACUUCAACUUCAACUACUGGGGUGCAAAGUACGCCGGCACCGACCAAAGAGUUGCGCGGUCCAUCCUCGGCCACGACGAAACGGAGCGCGUGGAAGCUCCGCUCGUCGCCGAAGGCGGCGGCAUCGAGGUCGAUGGCGAUGGAACGCUGCUUGUGACGGAGAGCUCCGUGAUAAACAACAACCGGAAUCCCGGACAGACAAAGGAGCAGCUGGAAAGCCACCUGAAGACGCUCCUCGGGGUGCAAAAGGUCAUCUGGCUCAAGGGCCUGAGGGGGCUGGACAUCACGGACGCCCACAUCGACGCCACGGCCCGGUUCGCGGCACCUGGGCGCGUGAUCCUGAACCGCCCCGCGAAGACGGCCAACAGGGCGUAUAUCGACGCGUGGGAGGAUGACAGGCGGGUGCUGGCGGCGGAGCGGGAUGCGAGGGGCAGACGGCUCGAAGUCGUCGAGCUCGAGGAGGCCGAUCCCGCCAGAUUUGACGGCGAUGAGUACGAGACGUGCCUGUCGUAUCUGAACUACCUGCUCGUGAACGGGGGGCUGGUCAUGCCGGGGUUUGGAGACCGGGAGGCGGACGAGAGGGCACUCAUGCUUCUGCAGCGGCUCUUCCCGGAUCGCAAGGUCGUCCAGGUGCGGCUGGAUUUUCUGCGGAAGCUCGGUGGUGGGAUUCACUGCGCCACGCAGCAGCAACCGGAAUGA